AUGUCUCAAAAAAGGAGCAUAGACAGCGCCAUCGACUCGUCCGGCAAGGUCGCCUCCGCUCACGCUCGUCAAUCCGCCUCCAUUAACGAAGGGAACAGGAGAUGGGUGUACAGCGUGGACGAGACCCUUCGGCAAAAUUUUCUGACGAGGGCCCCGUCCAAAGUCAGCCCUUCCAGUGACAAUAACAAAUCCGUUGGCAGAGGGUCUAACAUAUCAAUUUUACAUUUACGAAGCACGUCGGAACCGUGGGAGAAGAAUCAACAUUCGAAUUAUUCAUCAGCCGCUCGGUCGUACUUCGCGUCAUCUCGCAGUACUACUACCGCUAAUGUACCAUCAUCGGUACCGCCUUUAACGAAACAUCAGUCCUUAGGGAGCACUACUCAUAAGUGGACGAAUUCACCGAGCUUCCAUUCGGGAUCCGAAGUCAAUUCUCCUGGAAUAUUUACAUUUAGUGGCAGUUGUAAUAGGGAGCUUUCGCCUGUUAGAUGGUGUGACAGAGAAGUAGACGGCGUAUACUUGGGCAAGUCAGGCUGGGUCCAAGUCCAGCAACGUUCCCUAGACGACAAUCGCAGAGCCAGCUACUCGAUAAACCUGGCAAAAUCCUUACAAUCCAACCGCACCGGCAUCAAACUCGCCAAUUACCACUUCAGCAGCGAACCCAACAAAGCAUCUAGUUUCUCUCGAACAAAUAGUGUGGUGGAACCGAGACCGGAGCCAAGACCUGAACCGCCAAGGACUGAGACAUCUCAAGCCGAAACCCAUCGGCCUGCUUAUUUGGUACUACAAAACCGGGAGUACGAUAGAAAAAUCAAGACACCGUCGCCACUUCCGGAGAGUGGGUCUUUUUCGCCUCCUUCUGUUACACCUAUUAUAUCCCCACCACCUGCUUUCCAAGAUAAAACAAAGAGCCCGAUGAAAUCGCGAACUUUUUUCGGAAAGACACCGUUUUUACCAAGAUCCAACGCGAUAGAGGACAGUGAUAACAGUCCUCCUGCUUCACCACCCGGGUUGAGUCAGUGGAAAACAACAGCUCCAAACGCUCCGAUACUUCCCAAACCGAAACCACAAGUCAUUAAAACAUCUCCGGGUAUCGAAAAACCACCCAGAGCGUCAAAGAAAGCACCCCCCGUUCCUCAAACUAAGUCUCUGGAAGAGAACACCGCUUCCAGGAGGAUGCAGUUUAAGCAAAAGUACGGUCAAAGUACUUCUUCUAGUUCAUCAAGUUCGAUGGGAUUUAGGAGCUUGGACAGCUGUUUGAACAGGACGAGCAGUGUGAUGCCGAGGUUGUCGGAGAACACGGACUCUUCGGUGGAUGUGUACGAGGAUGCGGAUGAAGAGGAUAAUAAUAGUUCUUCUGUAAAUAUGAGCAUGGUGAACACGGCGGCUCUGCAGGCAGAGUACAGCAGGAAGUUGUCACCAUCAGGUCGGACCAACAGAUUAACGCACUACAGGAACCAAAUGCGUCGAUCACCAGCCGGUUCCGACACCAACAAACACUCCCCAACCUCUUCGUCUUCCAGUAGCAACGAGUUCCUCUCCAGAUCACCGACAGGUACCAUACAAUCGACCGUACGACGUAACGUACAAGCUCGACCUCACCAACCAGCAAAAUCACCCCAAGACGACCCAACUCAAAGGGUGCGACGUUCGAGAAGUCUGCAACUUCCCGAAAGAACUCCACCUCCGAAUUUUGGCGCGCAGAAAGUAUCACCACAACAUCCCGAACAGCAUCGUGUUAUUGUUAAGGUGCCAGGAGCUCAGCAGGUUCCUGAGAGAAAACAGUACCCUGUCGGUGUGAAACCGCAAUCUUUGGAAAGAGGUGAAAUGGCGGAAGAAGAAUUGUUGAGAGAAGCCGAAGUGGUUACUGGGUUUUUGUAUGGGAGCAGAUCGAGAGCUGCAGCUCAGGCGCAACUUAUGCACAGGUACAACAACAACAAUAUCUCCGUCGAAGAAAAGAACAAAGAAAGCAAUAAGCCUAUACUAAACAGCGAUCUAACAGUGUACUACGUAGGCAACAAUAAAAACGAACGUCAAAGACUCCUUGUUCGUGGAGCGACAAGUCCGAGUCUACCAACGAGCGGACACCAGUUCGACGGAAACGCUGGUAUAACUUGCAGUCCAGAAAAUUGCGACUUUUGGCCCCACUGUGCACAUAGAGACAGCUUACACAGGGACUCUCAGUUCGUGAUGAGACAGUCGCAGUCGUAUCCGUCUCAUCAGAGGUCUUUGGAUUCUGCUGUAGUUGUUGAUGCUAUUAGGCCGCCGUUAACCAGCUCCAUGGUCGCCCCCAAGCCCCAGGACCCCUACAAGCGCCCCAUCCACAUCGACGGUAGGGCGCGCAAGCCGCCCCCGACCGAUUCGGUCCGCCGAACGAGCCCCGCGCGGCCGCCGUCAACAGGCGGCGGGGGCAGCAUUCGACGCAACGGAUCCGCCGACAUACCGGUGUUCGAGAAAAAGUCAUCCCCGCGCGCGAGCAAUGUCAGCGGGUCGUCUUCCGGUAGUGACGUGUGGCUCACACCUUCCAGAGUAUCUUCGCGCAAGGGUUCCGGUGCCUCCACUCCCGUUGAUGCUUUUCCAGAUCGGAUUGUGACGUCACGUCCGGGAAGCGCUCCAACGGAAGAAGUGCAACCUGGGGAUCUGUUGGUGGCGCAGCAGAGGUCGAUGUCGUUGCCCAAGUCGUUCCUGUCUGGAGGUGCGGGACCUGUGGUCGGGGUCAACGGAAUGUAUUUGCAAAGUGGUGACAUCUCGUGGCAAAGACAUGGGACAGACAGUUUGGGAUCUUCCCCGGGGUUACCUAGAAAAAUUCCUACGCCUGAAGUUGCCCAUACUGCUCCUGUAACACCUUUGCACGAGGUCCGCCGGGGCAUCCGCUCCCCCCUGGGCGUCAUCCGCAGGACUAAGGCCUCGUCCACACCUCACCUGUCAGAUUCCCAGACCGCGACCGUUGGCGGCGGAGGCAACACCAGGAAAUGGAGGAAACGACCAGAAGAAGAGGAGCUGUGUUUGGAUCCGGCCGGGCCCGACGAAGACGGCUUAGAGAGGGAUCCUCUUGCUCCUACUGCCGAGAGCGUGUUACAAAAAUUCCGAAAAACGUUCUCGCUACGUUUUCCACAGCGAAAACUGAGCAAGGAUAGCUGCGGCUCGGAAGACACCGCCUCCGAAGCCAAUCCUUCCGAGGAGGAUUCCUCACCGGCGCAUGUACCUUCAGCCGCGUCCUCCGGAGGACGUUUGAACGCAGACAGCGAAGGCCAAGAGGAGCAUACGGCAGGAGAUCAGAAAUAUCGAUUCGGCCCGUUAAUAUGGCGAACGAGUAAAGAACGCAAGAAGCUGAACAAGGCCGCCAGGAGCGCCAAGUGCAACAGCGGCGACAGCGGCAUUCAAAUCGAGAUACCAAGCGGUGGCGGGGCAGCAGGGGACAGUAGCGAGUCCCAUGACACCGACGGCGCCCCUUUCGACAGUCCCCCCCUUUUACGGCGAAAGCCCCCCGGUAGAGUACCCCGCAGGCCCCACUCCGAUAACGUUGGCAGGGUCAUUGCUGACAAGUUUAAGUUUUAUAACAAUCUUGUAGAAAAUAGGUCAACAGGAAACGCGCUAGAAGCAAUUCUGGACUUGAAAUCAAUCGACUGGCUCGUGAAGGAUAUGGCCGCUAAGGGUGCCCUAAGAUUAAGGGACUCCAAUCUGUGGAACCAGACCAACUACGGUCACUCGAGGAUAUUACCAGUGAUAGGGAAAAUCAUGAUGGAUCGAUCUGCUAGACCAGAAGACGGACUAUAUGCUCACCAAACAUGA